AUGAAUCAUAUGUGGAGCAUUGUCAUUGGCUCAUUGAUUCGUAUUUCACCAAUAAAAAAUUUCCGCGCAAAUCCUUGUCUCCCACCAAUAAAGGUACAACACUUCAUUGCGCAACGCCUCAACCAGUACAUACUCUACAGUACACCGCGCUUCGAAACUUCUUCCAUUUUACUCACCGCAUGCUUCCCGCUCCUCUUUUCCACCUACUCUUGCGCUUUUCCGGCUGCUAAAGCGAUGGCUGGGAGCAAUUUCGAGGUCCAUUCAGUUUUUUCAAAUAGAUCUCUACCGAACGGAAAAUUUACGGCUACGCCGGAGAUGCUGACAUUGAUUGCGGAAGAGAAUUCUAAACAUGGUUGCCGUUACCUCAGCCUGUCGAUGGAAGCGAAUCUCGAGGUUGGGGCGAAGAGGGAGAUAGUGCUAGGCAGGAACAUGCACACCACGUGCCUGGAGGUGACGGAGCCAGACGCGGAUGAUGAGUCUACAGGUGAUAAGGAGGCUCACAUUGCCAGCAUUCUAGCUCGCUACCGUAAUACCCUCCUCGAACGCACCAAGCACCAUCUAGGAUAUCCAUACAAUUUGGACUUUGAUUAUGGUGCGCUUUCUCGGUUGCAGCAUUUCUCUAUUAACAACCUCGGCGAUCCAUUCAUUGAAAGCAACUAUGGUGUACACUCAAGACAGUUUGAAGUGGGGGUUUUGGAUUGGUUUGCCUGUCUAUGGGAAAUUGAAAAGGAUGACUACUGGGGAUAUAUCACAAAUUGUGGCACUGAGGGUAAUCUUCACGGCAUCCUUGUUGGGAGAGAAAUGCUUCCCGAUGGAAUUUUGUAUGCAUCGAAAGCAUCACAUUACUCUGUCUUCAAAGCAGCAAGAAUGUACAGAAUGGAAUGUGUAAAAGUUGCAACCUUGGUCACAGGAGAGAUAGAUUGCACGGAUUUUAAAACUAAGCUGCUUACCAACAAAGAUAAACCAGCAAUCAUCAAUGCCAACAUAGGAACUACAGUUAAAGGGGCUGUUGAUGAUCUCGAUCUUGUCAUACAGACCCUUGAAGAAUGUGGUUUCUCACAUGACAGAUUCUACAUCCACUGUGAUGGCGCUCUUUUUGGUCUCAUGAUGCCAUUUGUCAAAAGGGCACCGAAGGUUAGUUUCAAGAAGCCCAUCGGAAGUGUGAGCGUUUCUGGCCAUAAGUUUGUGGGAUGUCCAAUGCCAUGCGGUGUGCAGAUAACAAGGCUACAACACAUAAAUGCACUUUCGAGCAAUGUCGAGUACCUUGCUUCAAGGGACGCAACAAUUAUGGGAAGCCGAAAUGGCCAUGCUCCAAUCUUUUUGUGGUAUACCUUGAACAGGAAAGGGUACAAGGGAUUCCAGAAGGAAGUCCAAAAGUGCCUUAGGAAUGCUCACUAUUUGAAAGGUCGUCUUAGGGAAGCAGGAAUUAGUGCGAUGCUCAAUGAACUGAGCAGUACAGUUGUGUUUGAGCGACCUCGUGACGAGGAGUUUGUACGCCGUUGGCAGCUCGCUUGUGAGGGAAAUAUGGCACAUAUUGUUGUGAUGCCGAAUGUCACAAUUGAGAAGCUGGAUUACUUUUUGAGCGAAUUAGUUCAAGGACGAUCAAUCUGGUAUAAAGAUGAGAAAGUUCGGCCUCCUUGUCUUGCAGAAGAUGUCGGGAUAGAUAAUUGUUCUUGUGCUCUUCACAAGUAG